AAGAAGAAGAAGAAACCAGAUUCUUCUCCCUCUCUCUUUCUCUUUCUCUCUCCAAUGGCGAAACUUACGACGGACUCACCAAUCUGCCGGAAAAUUGUCCUUUCAUUCUUAGAUUUUCUCGAUUCCGUUGAGGUAGCUUCAGGUGUUGAUGAAGAAGGUCUUGAGGUUGCUAGAGAGUGUUUAGGUGAAGCGUUUAAAGUGAAUUCAGAUUCUUUGAGAGAUGAUCGUUUGAAACCUGUUUCACUUGUUAAUUUGUUCACUUCAUUGGAUAAAAGUGAACCUCUACAAAACACACCAUCAGCACCACCACUACCAGCUGUUGCUGUUGUUACUCAGGAUCCUAGUUCCUCCUCAGGUCCUGAGUUUUCGGGUUCUCAUGUCAACGUUGAUACGAGUAGAGAGCCUAUUUUUACUGGGACUUCUAGAGAUGAACUGUUUGGACAACUCUUUGGUGCGCUUGAGGAAGUACGGUAUUUCAGGAAUACACCUGAGGGAGAUGAUGAUCCUGCUCAGUUGGAAAAAGCUACAAGAAUAUUUCAUGAUGCUGUUAAUGAAAUGGAAAAGUCUGGAUGUCAGACGUUUGAUGUGAAAAGCUUGGCAGAAACAUUCAAGUGUCAAGGUAACAAGGCUAUGCAGUCCAAUCUUUAUCUGGAGGCGAUCGAGCUGUAUUCUUUUGCAAUUGCACUGACGGAUAAGAACGCUGUUUUCUACUGCAACAGGGCUGCUGCAUAUACCCAGAUCAACAGGUGCUCAGAAGCCAUUAAGGACUGUCUUAAAUCCAUUGAGAUUGAUCCAAAUUAUAGUAAGGCGUAUAGUCGUCUUGGGUUAGCAUAUUAUGCUCAAGGAAAGUAUUCUGAUGCUAUCGAGAAAGGAUUUAAGAAAGCUUUGCAGUUGGAUCCAAAUAACGAAUCCGUGAAAGAAAAUAUAAGGGUGGCUGAACAAAAACUAAGAGAAGAGCAGCAACGACAGAGACGUAGUCAGAAUACAAGCACAGGUUACACUCAAGAACCGGGAAUGGGAGGAGGCCAGGGAAUACCAUCUCAGUUCUCAAUGCCUUUAAACCCCGAUUUGAUGAGCAUGUUCAUGAACAUGGCGGGAAACACAUUCCCGGGAAAUCAUCCUAAUAACGAGGGAGGAGCAGGAGCAGAUGGUAACAGAAGUGGUUCGGAUGAGCCUGAGAUUCAUGUAGGUGCAAAUAUCAACGUAGAUCUCGGAGGCACACAGCAAAUGCCCGACGACUUAUCAGGUGCAUUACGAUCAAUGAUGCAGAUGUUUGGAGGAUCACAGGGAGGCACUGGUACUAAUAAUCCUCAAGAUACGAAUGGUGCACAUGGAAGACCAUCUGGGAAUCAACCUUAGAAUUCUAUUUUCUGAUGUUAAUGUCUGAGUUUGUGCUACAAAGACUUUGUUAGGGACAUGUUAUUACAAAAUGAUGAUAAGAGACUAUUAGCUUCUUGUUGAUAAAACGUUUUUGCAAUACAUUUGAAAUCAAAAUUUAACUA